AUGCGAAAACAUCCAAUAAAUGAGCCAAUGGUCAAAACGGAUGGCGGCGACCUGGCCUGUCAUGAAUUCCUCAACAGCUAUAUCGACCACUCGGAUUUUGUUUCCACAUUUUCGCUGGACAUUUUCAGGAAAUCGCACCCCCGGGGCCAUGAUGCGAAAGGAGCGGUCGGGCGGUUGUCGGACCUACAUGAUAUUCUUUGGGAUUUCGCGGAAAAACUGAGAUUCAAGGGAUCCGAAGCUUGCAGAAGGUUUGGAUGGAUGGUUUGUAGCCAUUCAGGGGAUAUCACCAAGGCCGUUCGCAAUUACUAUACUCACGGAAUCGUCGACGGCCCUCCUCAUCCAGGAUCCUCUCUUUACUUCACAGCCUCAGGCGAUGUCAGCAGCUCAGCGGCGAGUGGAGAGCAAAUUUUACAUUAUUCAGAGCUGCUAGACCAGUUCCCUGCGUAUAGGUGGUUGGUUGGCUGUGCUCGGAAGAUCUUUACCUUGGACACCCCAGGCGAAAAUGCGAUGCAAGAUAUCGCUCGGGCAUUUCCUCCUGAGCCUCUAUUACUGAAAGCUGACCUCACCCGGUCCCCAACUUUGGUCGAUGCCGAUUUCAUACUUGAUUGGGAUCCGCGGCUAUUCCUGCGUGUGCAGGAAUAUGCGGGUAGCCCGGCGAACAUUUUCGACCAUAUCAUCACUCUGACUGGAUCCCUGGAUAAUGCACAGGCACUUAAAUGUGCCCAGUACAUGCGUCAAACAUGGCCAGAGAGCUCGGACUGUGUAAUCAGUCUCUUGCACCAGUUGCUGGAAGCUAGAGAAAACUGUUCUAGCUCAGGCUCACUCCGAGAUGGCACUGUUCUUAGAGGAGCUUUCAAUGAUUCCAAAGUCGUGGUUCGUGCUCGGGGACUCCGGCACGCCAUCGUCGAAAUAGCACAACAAUUGGCCUGGCUAGGCGCGGCGUUGCAGUCAGCACCCGACAAUAGAAUUGUAUACUGCCAACCAGUUUUAGAUUAUGCCCCUACCCCCAUGGGAAACCUGCGAUAUGAGCUCAAAUUCAUUUUCCGGCAUCGAGAAGGUGGGCAGCCGUCACGUAAUGGGCGAUGCUGGCACAGUCUAUUCAGUAACCCCGUUGUCGUCUAUGGCUUUCCUAUUCGACGGCGGCACAUGGUGAAUACUGGCUUGGAUAUCCCUCUCGAUAUUUUAGGCCGACUUGUGCCAUCGCGUCGCAUUGCACUCUUUGGGGGAAAGGUCUGUAUCAAGGGGCAUUGCACGAUCCUCGUGCCAACGAGGGUCGUAGAUGAUGCUGUGAUGUGGCAUAUGAUAUGCAAUGAUAAUGGACACUAUAUGGAUUAUACCGACUGUCGAAUCGACACAAUUCCCGGAUUAUACCCUGCAGGCAUUGACACCAACCUCACAGGCUUUCGACACAUUGUAGGUUGGUGCCCGGAAGCUGAAGUCCUUACAGGAUCCCCAAGGGCAGACUAUGGCAUCGACUGGUCUGGACUGAAUAGGGCCGACGUCGGAUGCGAUCUUCAAGAUGCCAUCAUUUCCCGCGGUACCGUAAUUCCAAAUUAUGAAACUCUGGCGAUAGGAAAGAAAGAUAGGACUCCUCGGUAUGAGUUCGGCGAGUUCCUCCACAGAAUCCUGUCAAUCACCAAGAAAUAUGCGGUCUUCUACGAUGUCUCUACCAGACGAGCUUGGCUUGUCGAUGGGGCGAGUGCUCUGCUACACCUAGUCCGGGCUUCCCUAAUGUUCAGUUCCUCUGAGGACCCAAUGCAGGAGUUUGUCUUUGAUCCCAAGGUGCUUGAACUACAUCCUAGUCCCGAGGGCGGGCCUGCUUCUGCCAUAUCCGUUCUGAAAAGUGAAAACAAUCUGAAGCAGCGGCUGUAUCGCAACAUGCCGGAGACAUUUCAAGAUAGGGUAGAUGCGAUAUACCAUUUAUUGGAACAAGCAUACGCAUAUCAAACCCGCGCCAAUCUCCAAAAGAGUGGCGGAAUACACCCUGGCAACCAGGCCCGAAGGCUGCUGGAAGGAUUUGAUUUUAUGGACCUGGCUACAGACGAGGAUCACUUUAACGCUCGUACAAUGAGCGCAUUUGACGGUCCUCCGAGAUGGCACAGACUCACUCGAGCAAUAAAUGCCAUUACUCUAUUCGGCGCGGGCUUUGGUGACCUUCUGAAACCAAAAGAGAUGGUUCCUGUCUGCUCCUCCUGGACCACUGCCCCAGCAGGAAAAGAUUACCUUGCUGCGAGGGUUGAAGACAUUCAGAGAAUUAUGAGGAAAAGGGGAAACAGCUCGGGCUCGCCAUGGCGUGUUAUAGACCACGUCUAUUGGCAUACGCCUGACAAACUAUUCGAGAACUGCCAAUGCAUUGAAGCCUAUUCGAAGGAACGCUGCAGUCACGCUCAAGAACUACUAACCGGCCCUGAAAUGACCAAACGCGCUUCUAAAAUUGUCAGUCCAUUCAUAUUAGAACCCGACGGUGCUGUUAUCUUCGAUGGCUCUUCUGUAAACGGCCAGUCCCCAGCUCCGGAGGUAUCGUUUUCCUCGACCUGGGGCGGAUUCAAGAGCCCUGCCAACGACAGUGCGAUCAGUGUUGGAUACAGUCCUGGUUCCGGCACCCAAGAGAGCAGUUCCUCCAAGGCUGAAGGGAAGCGGCCGGCGAGCGACUGGAGUACCAAUCCUCGGAAACGGAUUCGUCGGGGCUCCUCAAACUCGAGCGGCGAUAUCCAUCAUAUACAUCGCACAGAAAGAGCGUCUGAUUUCGGCGGCCGACCCGGCAAUGAGUCUUUCGUGACGUCCGGAUCAUCAUCCCAGGGUUCAUCAGGGGGCAGCCUCUCCGAGGCUCGAGUUGAAUCCGGCAUCCCCCGUCUCAUAGUGCAAGAGGGAGAUAUUGAACUGGACCCGGCGGAAUACCAAGUUGGCUGGAUUUGUGCACUGCAAAUAGAGCUGGAUGCCGCGCAAAGAAUGCUGGACCGGAUUCACACCAAGGGCUUUGGACACGGAAUGGAUUGCAACCUCUAUAUUCUAGGGCAGAUUGGCCAGCUCAAUGUCGUGCUAACCUGCCUUCCAAUGGGCCAAUAUGGGAAUAACAUCGCAGCUGUGGUAGCCACGCGCAUGAUGAAUCGGUUCCCUAAGAUCGCUAUAGGGUUGAUGGUCGGCAUCGGAGGAGGAUUACCGAGCGCGAAGCAUGAGAUUCGGCUUGGAGAUGUGGUUGUGAGCAUUCCACAUCUUCAGUACGGAGGGGUUGUGCAAUACGAUAUGGGCAAGUUUACCAGUGACGGUUUUAUCACAACUGGCUCUCUCAAAGCUCCCCCGGAGAAGUUAUUGCAGGUCCUUAACUUUAUGCCUCGCCACGGUUUCCCCCUUUUUGGACUCCCUGAUAUCGAAUACCCCGGGGUCGAACUAGAUCAGCUAUUCGAAUCAUCCUAUGCUCACACCGGGGAUGGUGAUACUUGCAUCUCCUGUGACGCUCAGCAGGUCGUGCCACGACCAAUGACCCGGACGACCACAUCUCCGCACGUAUUCUACGGGACAAUUGCCUCCGGAAAUUCGGUAGUCAAGAGUUCGAAGAUAAGGGAGACACUCAUCCAGAAACAUGGUGUUCUGUGCUGCGAGAUGGAAGCCGCGGGCUUGAUGAACACAAGGUUUCCAUGUCUUGUCAUUCGCGGAAUCUCAGACUACGCUGAUUCACACAAGAACGAGAUAUGGAUGGAGUACGCAGCUGCGGCGGCGGCUCAAUAUGCUCGGGACCUUCUUCAGGCUAUGCCUGCGGAUAUUGGACUUUCGAAUGGAUGA